AUGUCGAUGCUGCCAUCCUUCGGCUUCACGCAGGAGCAAGUGGCGUGCGUCUGCGAGGUCUUGCAGCAGGGCGGCAACCUGGAGCGGCUGGGCAGGUUUCUCUGGUCGCUGCCCGCGUGCGACCACUUGCACAAGAACGAGAGCGUCCUCAAAGCCAAGGCGGUGGUCGCCUUCCACCGGGGGAACUUCCGCGAGCUCUACAAGAUCCUGGAGAGCCACCAGUUCUCUCCGCAUAACCACCCCAAACUCCAGCAGCUCUGGCUGAAGGCGCACUACGUGGAGGCCGAGAAGCUGCGGGGUAGACCGCUGGGCGCCGUCGGGAAGUACCGCGUGCGGCGGAAAUUCCCCUUGCCCAGGACCAUCUGGGACGGCGAGGAGACCAGCUACUGCUUCAAGGAGAAGUCCCGGGGCGUCCUGCGGGAGUGGUACGCGCACAACCCUUACCCAUCGCCCCGGGAGAAGAGGGAGUUGGCCGAAGCCACUGGCCUCACCACCACCCAGGUUAGCAACUGGUUUAAAAACCGGAGGCAGCGCGACCGAGCGGCAGAGGCGAAAGAGAGAGAGAACACUGAAAACAACAAUACAUCUACCAACAAACAGAACCAGCUGUCCCCUUUGGAUGGGGCCAAGCCUCUCAUCUCCAGUUCCGAAGAGGAGUUUUCGCCCCCCCAAAGUCCGGAUCAGAACUCCAUUCUCCUGCUCCAGGGCAACCUGAGCCAUGCCAGGAACUCCAGCUAUUCCUUGACCGGCUUAACUGCCUCGCAGCCGGCCCACAGCCUCCAGCCUCACCAGCACCAGCUGCAAGAGUCCCUCCUAGGCCCUCUCACUUCCAGCUUGGUGGACCUGGGCUCAUGA